AUGUCAGCCGACCGUCGCUGGGACAAACGCCGAUUCCAGCUAGAGGAGUCAACUACUCUCAAUGGGGGCGCCCGUACCAUCUUCAUCGAAACGAUGACGCCGGGCACUACAGUACCCCCGCACUUCCACUCUCGCUUCCAGGAAACCUUUGAUUUAAUCAGCGGGUCCAUUUCAGUCUACAGUUCUUCAGAACCUGACCUGGAUGCUUUGGAGGCAUCAGCUCAGAAGCUGGAGGUUGGCAAGCAGGCGUCGGUGGAUCCUGGCCAGUACCACAAGUACCUGGUUGGAGACGAGGAGACAGUGCUCCGGGUCAUUGUCACGCCUGGGGAUGCUGAUUUCGAGAGGCUAUUGAAGAUUAUGAAUGGGCUAGACGAAGAUGGUGAGAUGCAGAAGCUGGGGGAUAGUGUGGUGCUGAUGGCAAUUAUCAUGGGUUUUGGCGACGCACACCUUAUUGGUCCGGCCAAGGAGAUGCUGGACGGGGUACGGGCGACAAAGGGAGAAGAAAUUGAAGAAUUGAGGAAAAGCCUUCUUGCAAAGUACGACACUGAGGAGGCACUGCAGGCUUUAUUGGUUACAAAGUAA